UGCUUUCCAGAAAAGUUAUGAAAUACUGAUGGAAGCAACAUUAACUUUUAAUUAAUUAGUUAAUUUCCCUAUAGAAAAUGUAAAGGUAAGCAUAAUUUCCCUAUAGAAAAUGUAAAGGUAAGCAUAAUUUCACUAAAGGCAUUACCCUUUCUAGAUAUACUUUGCAGAUAUACUUUUGGUGGGCUUUUGUCUUCAAACUCUUAACUUCAUUUGCAGUAGAAUUUCAUUACUGAAAAAAGUACCCUUUUUCCUUAAACCUUCUUUCCGAAUACAAGCUGGUGAGUUCUGCUCUCAUUUACUCCUCCAGUUGGUUGUAGAGCAUUUUCUUUCAUGGUUUCCAUUUUAUACAAGAUCAAGAAACCUGGGGCCCAUGGAGGCUGCUCUCUGAAAUGGACAGAGUGGAUACUGGAUGGCGCGGGGACUCUGUCCUGUACCUUUGCAACUUACUUAUCUCUCGCUUUAUUUCUUGAGAUUCUGCUGCCAAGAUAGUGUUAGUCAUUUCAUCAGAAUUGGUGUAAUUAUAAUGCAAAGUUGUUUCUGAUGAAUAUUUUUGAAAAUUCUUGUUAUCUGUGAGUCCUAAUUAUGCAGGCUCUUGGUGGUCAGGUUUCUGUAAUUCGUUAGUAAUUUUGUGGCUUUUUUGUGAUUCACGGAUACUGGAUACUUCGAGGAAGCCUUUUGCUGAAUAAGAAGAGGGUCCUUUAAGAGCAGCUGAUUGUUAACCGCUCAAGUAUUGGGAGACCAACAACCAGCUGUUGUUCAUUUGUAAUUAAGCCAGUGUCACGUGACAUUCCUAACCCCCUUAAAGGCUGAGGUUCGUCAGCGGAAGCGGAAACUCAGAAACUCGAGAGUGGGUGGGAUCCCCGGGAAUUCAGUCCACAGCAACGCUUCUCUUCUGACCGUAGGUAUUGUCUGAAGGGCUUGUGUUUUUAAGAAUUGGUGUUUUUUACAGUCAAAGUAGACACAGUAGGCAGCACGGUUGUGACUGCCGGGCAAAGUCACUAGGGGAAUAUUCAUAACAAGGAAAUAUUGGCAAAUAAAUGAUGAAGAAGGGGAGGAAAUCCCCAAGAUGUUAAACUGGAGCACUGUCACUGAGAUGAUUAAUGGUGGUGUGUAUUUUAGAGAAGAUGCUUAUCUGGGUUGUCUUGAAACUAUAGUUUACAUUUAAUAGCGCUUAUAAAAAAAAAAAGCGUGUGGUGCAUGAGCAUACUGAGGAGAAAAAGCUGUGGAUCCCGAUUUUAUUUUCCUGAGUAAGUAUUUUCUCCAACUAAAAAUUUGGCUUCUGGUUAUUGGAAAGCUGGUGUUAAUGUAUAACAUAUAGAAAAAUAUGUAUGUUCUAUGUAUUUAAUAUUAAGCAGCAUUUAUAAACCUCCCUUCCCUAGACGACUGAAAAGUACUUUGUGGAAAAGACAUGUAUCUUUUCAAAACUUUUGAGGGGUGAACAUUAUCAAUAAUAGGGAAAUGCUUAUCACUCAGAUUUGCCCAGUCAUCUGAGGCAGAGGGCAGGGUUGGUCAUAAGGCCACAGUGGAUAAAGGGCCAAACUUCAAUCAGUCAUGUCCUUAGUGCAAUAAAAAAAAAAAAUUCUCCAUCCAUUCCUGGUGAAGCGGUGGCUGUCUUAGAAGACGCUCUAGCUUUCCGUGUCAAGCCGUGAAUAUCCUGAUUCCAUGUAGUGAAUAUUACCUGCCUUGAGGGGUCUUUUAUCAAAGAUGGCAAUGCAAAUUUGGGCAGGUUUGUAACAUUCCUGGGCCUCAGACAUAGGGCUGGCUCCAGGCAAACAACUUACAAUCCUAUCUUCAGUGGUCUUAGCGCCUAGAAGAGCACUGUUUUUCAGUUUGGGGGGCCCUACCGAAAUAGUGGGAUAUGAAUCAAAUUAAGUGGUUCAAAAUCAGAUUUCUAAAAGUGAAAUGGAAGAGAACACUAUAGUGCAUUGCACUUAGAAAGAGCGUUUCAUUUUGUGAGGUUUCUGGUUUUUACAUGUGUGUGGAUGUCUACCUAAAACUGCACAUAUGGCUGUACAUGGGGUGGGUUAUGCGGUAAAAUGUGUUUCUGUGUUUUAUAUCCAAAAAAAGAUUGAAAGCCACUCUGACAGCUCUAACAGUUGGUAGGUAAGCAUACACACAUAGUAACCUGUGGGUGUUAACGUUAUUAAACAUUCAGGAUAUGGUGGGUUGUAAAGAAAGAGAUGGUCAGUCUGUGAAAAGGAUUUAGGAAUGAAAAGGCUACACUAUCUGGUCUCGCAUAUCUAGUAUGUGCUGGAACCAACUUGGAUGGGCUCGCGAGAACUGCCUGAAUGCACGUCUCUCCCACUCUGUGAUCCCUGUCUUAUGCUGGUAACUUGAAAUUGGAAAAUGCUGUAAAUCAGGUGCUUUCCUGCCCCCACCCAAGCUGUUAAAUGUUUACCAGCACAUCACUUUUAAGAGUGGUAGUAUUUCUUUCACCUGUAAUUUUAUGGCUUUAUAAUUGUGAUUUUUUUUUUACAUUUUAAAACACUUUUAUAUGUUGCAUUUAAAUGUUAGUGGGAAUUAUUCAAAUAAUUAAAUCACUUCAAUAAUACUGAGAGUUUAAAAUGCACAGGAAUAUAAAGUCUAAUCGUUUCAAAAUGUCUGUAACUUUGGAUUUCAAAAUAAUGGUAGUUAACCCUAACUUCUUACAUGAAAUGAUUAUGACACACCCAGUUUUAAAACUUCAAAUUGUAAAUGGUGAUAGUUUUUUGGCGAAGGAUAGGAAAAGUGUUUUCAAGAACAUUAACCACAUUACAAAUAUUUUACAGAUUUUUUUUUAACGUUUAUGUUGUCGUUUUGCUAAGUACUGAAACUUUUAGGUUCCAGGCCCCUCUGUCCAUUUUCACCUCUCUGUACAGUUUGUAAUAGUAUCUCUGGUUUUACAGGUGAGUUCACUAAGGUAGAUUUAAUUGGGAGAUGCCAGAGUUCUCUCCAUCUAAAGCAGUUGUCUUUUCUGUUUUCAAUCAUAAAAGUAAAAGCAAUACGGAGUCUGAAAAAAAGACGUCUCCCCCAUAAUAACUAUGAUAGCUUUAUUUUUAAAGAAAAGAAAAUGCAAUUUAGAGGAAAGAAAACUUUGGGCAUGAAAUAGAAUUGUAGCAAUAAAUUCAUCAAAUCACUCGUGUGGAAAGAGGAAUGAGGAAAGAUAGGAAAGAUAACUUGGUAGGAAAGAGUCAGCUGAGAAAGGCCUUUAUCACCUCAGCACUGGUCACAGUUUAGCUAUCUGGCUGGGAACUACUGUAGAGGGAUCCCUGAAAUGACUGUUCUUGAACACAGCUUUAAGGCUGAGCCUGGGGAGACUGGCACUUAAGUUACUAACACUUACUGAGCCCAUGCUAUGCCAUUUCGAUAGGCACUGAAAUAUAUCUGUUUUAAAUGAAGGGGUUUAGCCCGGGUUCCUAGUCUCAAAAUGCAUCCAGGAUUGAGAAGGUGUUUGUGAUUGACUAGACAGCUAUCACCUAAACAGAAGGGGAUGCUGGCAAACCUGGGAGGGUUGUCUUUGUUGCCUGUGUUCAUCCUGAGCCUCUUCCUCCUCUGUGAAAUUCAUUCCACCUGGAUACCUGGGUUGUGUUUCAUGCCUGGGGCCUUUCCCCCUAGGGGCGGGGGUGGGGUGCAUUUUUCUCUACCCCCUCAUUGUGAUCAGGUGUUUUUAACUGCUAAUGUUACUCUUCUCAAGGCCAUUUACAUUUUAAUAAGCGACUCCGUGAGGAAUUCAAACCAAAGAGGGAGUCUCCUCCGACAGAAUAAUUUCAGCCACCACGACAGGGAUUGGAGGAAUUAAUGUGGGCCUGGAGGGCGAGGGGGUGACGUUUUCUACUUUUCUCAGAAGGAGGAUGUUCUACUCAGGAUUUGGACUCAAAACAGAAGGAAUUAACCGGGUCGAGGAACGAGAAGGAGGAGAAUCGGUGAAGAAGCAAGAAACUAUGUUGUGCCAGAGAGCUAACCACUUGCACCUGUCCUGCCAAUUAAGUUUACAAGCAUUGAGAAAAGAGAAGUCCCGGGAUGCUGCUCGCUCCCGCCGGGGAAAAGAAAACUUUGAGUUCUACGAGUUGGCCAAGUUGUUGCCUCUUCCUGCAGCCAUCACUAGCCAGCUUGACAAGGCCUCCAUCAUUCGACUUACAAUCAGCUAUCUGAAAAUGAGGGACUUUGCUAACCAGGGCGACCCUCCAUGGAACUUGCGAAUGGAAGGCCCUCCACCUAAUACGUCAGUCAAAGGGAUACAAAUGUGGAAAUCUGAACUCUGCAUGAGAAAGACACCAUGUGAAGGUGCACAACGAAGGAGAAGCCCUAGCGCACUGGCCAUUGAAGUAUUUGAAGCACAUUUGGGAAGUCACAUUUUGCAGUCCCUGGAUGGCUUUGUAUUUGCACUAAAUCAAGAAGGAAAAUUUUUGUACAUUUCUGAAACAGUCUCCAUCUACCUAGGCCUCUCACAAGUGGAGCUGACAGGCAGCAGCGUCUUCGACUACGUCCACCCCGGGGACCACGUGGAGAUGGCAGAGCAGCUGGGCAUGAAGCUCCCGCCGGGGCGGGGGCUCCUGUCACAGGGCACCGCGGAAGAUGGCGCCAGCUCAGCAUCUUCCUCCUCGCAGUCCGAGACCCCCGAGCCAGUGGAAUCCACCAGCCCCAGUCUGCUAACCACUGACAACACCCUUGAGCGCUCCUUUUUCAUCCGAAUGAAAUCUACUCUGACCAAACGCGGCGUGCACAUCAAAUCAUCAGGAUAUAAGGUGAUUCACAUAACAGGCCGGCUACGACUGAGGGUGUCGCUGUCCCAUGGGAGGACCGUCCCCAGCCAAAUCAUGGGCCUUGUGGUUGUGGCUCAUGCCCUGCCUCCCCCUACGAUCAAUGAAGUCAGAAUUGACUGCCAUAUGUUCGUCACGCGAGUAAAUAUGGACCUCAAUAUCAUUUACUGUGAAAAUAGGAUUAGUGAUUACAUGGAUCUGACCCCCGUGGACAUCGUAGGGAAGAGAUGCUACCACUUCAUCCACGCCGAAGAUGUUGAGGGCAUCAGGCACAGUCACCUGGACUUGCUGAACAAGGGCCAGUGUGUGACAAAGUACUAUCGCUGGAUGCAGAAGAAUGGAGGAUAUAUUUGGAUACAGUCUAGUGCCACCAUAGCUAUUAAUGCCAAGAACGCAAAUGAGAAGAAUAUCAUCUGGGUGAAUUACCUUCUUAGUAAUCCCGAGUACAAGGACACGCCAAUGGACAUUGCCCAGCUCCCCCACCUGCCAGAGAAAACUUCAGAAUCCUCGGAGACAUCCGACUCUGAAUCUGACUCUAAAGACACCUCAGGUAUUACAGAGGACAACGAGAACUCCAAGUCCGACGAGAAGGGGAACCAGUCAGAGAACAGUGAAGACCCAGAGCAGGAUCGCAAGAAGUCGGGCGACACGUGCGACAACGACAUGAACUGCAAUGACGACGGCCACAGCUCCAGCAACCCGGACAGCCGCGACAGCGACGACAGCUUCGAGCACUCGGACUUCGAGAACCCCAAGGCAGCCGAGGACGGCGGCUUCGGCGCACUGGGCCCCAUGCAGAUCAAGGUCGAGCGCUACGUGGAGAGUGAGUCGGACCUGCGGCUGCAGAACUGUGAGUCGCUGUCAUCCGACAGCGCCAAGGACUCCGACAGCGCGGGCGAGGCGGGCGCACAGGCCUCCAGCAAACACCAGAAGCGCAAGAAGCGGCGGAAACGGCAGAAAGGCGGCAGCGCCAGCCGCCGGCGCCUGUCCAGCGCCUCGAGCCCCGGCGGCCUAGACGCCGGCCUGGUGGAGCCCCCGCGGCUGCUGUCCUCCCCCAACAGUACCUCGGUGCUCAAGAUCAAGACGGAGAUCGCGGAACCCAUCAACUUCGACAACGACAGCAGCAUCUGGAACUACCCCCCCAACCGGGAGAUCUCCCGGAACGAGUCUCCCUACAGCAUGACCAAGCCCCCCAGCUCCGAGCACUUCCCGUCCCCGCAGGGCUGCGGGGCCGGCGGCGGCGGCGGCGGCGGCGGGGGGCUGCACGUGGCCAUCCCCGACUCGGUCCUCACCCCGCCCGGCGCCGACAGCACCGCCGCCGCCGCCCGCAAAACUCAGUUCGGUGCUUCGGCCCCCGCGACGGCCUUGGCCCCAGUCGCCUCCGACCCGCUGUCGCCCCCGCUCUCGGCGUCCCCGCGGGACAAGCACCCCGGGGGCGGGAGCGGCAGCGGCGGAGGCGGCGGCAGUGGCGGCGGCCCGGGCGCUUCCAACUCCUUGCUGUACACUGGGGACCUGGAGGCGCUGCAGAGGUUGCAGGCGGGCAACGUUGUGCUGCCGCUGGUGCACAGGGUGACCGGGACCCUGGCGGCCACCAGCACGGCCGCGCAAAGGGUCUAUACCACCGGCACCAUCCGCUACGCCCCCGCCGAGGUGACCCUGGCCAUGCAGGGCAACCUGCUGCCCAACGCGCACGCUGUUAACUUCGUGGAUGUUAACAGCCCGGGCUUCGGCCUCGACCCUAAGACGCCCAUGGAGAUGCUCUACCACCACGUGCAUCGGCUCAACAUGUCGGGACCGUUCGGCGGCGCGGUGAGCGCGGCCAGCCUGACGCAGAUGCCCGCCGGCAACGUGUUCACUACGGCCGAGGGACUCUUCUCCACGCUGCCCUUCCCUGUCUACAGCAACGGCAUCCACGCGGCACAGACUCUGGAGCGCAAGGAGGACUGAGCACCCCCCAGCGCGGCCCAGGGCUCCGCCUGGAGGCAUCGUCGGCGUUUUCGUUUAGACCUUUGAUUCUAGCACUUUGAAUUUGAGCAGGUCAGCAUCUUCUCUCACCACGACGGUCCCCGUUCCAACCCGCUUUCUUUCACUUGACUUAUUCUUUCCUGUAAAGAUAUGUUUAUUUUUGGCUUUCAGAGGGUCAGAUGACCAGUUGCCUGCCAUUUUGUCUUCUUCUAAGAUGUGUGUUGGGUUGUUCUGCUUUCCUUUGCAUCUUUAUUAAGAUGUCUUUAAUAUGUAUAUGCUUCUGCCACAGAAUACUCAGUCUUGUGGUCAAGAGAUUUCUCAAGUGACAACCAUUGGGUUUUCUUCCUAAAAGAUCUUGAUAUGAUCAAGAUUGAAAGAGACAAGCAGAAACAAUGUGCCCUGUUUGACUAAGUCAAAUGAAAUGGGGUGGUUUUGUUUUGUUUUGUUUUUGUUCCUAAUUCCUUUAAAAAUAGGGCGAUAGUAUUUUAGAAUUUUAUGCAGAAUUUAAUUCUCUUUUUAUGGUUAAGAUUUUAAGAUUUUCUUACUUGCACAUAAAAAUAAUUUGGGUUCUUAAACUUAAUUUCUGGCCUGUGACUAGAAUGUUUAAAAAAAAGUUGGACUAAAUAUUAAUUACUGAAACAUUAACUUAAUUUCUAAAACCAUGGUGCUAUCAUUUAUUAAUCUGUAGUGUCUUCAUACAAAAUGCAGCUCCUGGGCUGGGUUUUGAAGAAAAAAAAAAAAGUGUUCUGUCCUGGUCUGGAGUCCGUUGCUGCAGUCUCCUUGGUUAGUUAAGACAAAGCCCUCAUUAACGUUUGCUGCAGGACUUAAAAUUUUUUACCUCCCAACUAACAAACAUAGCCUCACAUUAAAUUUAAUGGGUCAGGAAAGCCCUUUUUAAAAGGGCUUUUGGAAAACUCAAUCAAACUGAUCUGAGGAGCAGUUUAGAUACAUACUGUCUUUUGCUUAGCUUUCUUUUUUUUUUUUUUCCUUUUCUCAGUCUAACUGAGGCUAAUUUUUGCAACUUCAAUAACACUUCGGAGUAAAAGAAGGAAAAAUAUUUAACAUGUUUUUGAUUAUUUUCAUUUCUUGCUAAAAAAGGAAGGCUGUAUUUUGGGGGACUGAUUUGUGUUGAUGGAUUUUUUUUCCCUUUGGUUCUUUUAUUUCUAGGUUGGAACCAAUAAGGUUUAAAACUAAAGAAUGGGUUAAAAUAAGCUUCAAACAGAUAACUACAACUGAAAACUGCACAUAAAGUUAAAAAAAAAAAAAGAAAAAAAGAAAAAAAAAAAAAGAAAAAAAAUCCUAUUUUGUCUUUGUUGCCAGAAAUCAGUGUAGUGUCAAACACUCCAAAUGACUGUCAAGUAUAAAUUCUUCUUCCACUCCAUUUUUGGCAGCUGUUUGUUAAGGCAUCUAAUAACAGAUGUGAGAACUGUAAUGUGUGCACUGUGUACGUGUCCUUGGCUGUCAGUCCAUUGCAGUUUCAAUGUGUGUUUCUAUAUGCGGUAUAUACUAAGCUAAUGUAGUUGUUUUGUCCUUUGUCUUCUCUGUGCUCUAUCUCUAGUCCGGAGUGGUCCAGUCCCAUUCCUGCAGUCCUAGUGAAUCAGUGAUUCUUGGGGGUUAGUGAUUUUUGUGUGGUGGCCUUCCUCUGUAAUGUCACCCCAUGCUGCUUCUACUGUCUGUGAAUCUUUCGUUUCACUUUUUUAAGACUCCUGCUGUUGCUUUGCUGGUGUAUAAUCUCCCCUCCUCUCCCCUCUUUCCCUCUCUGUCUCUUUUCCCCUUUUCCUGCCUCAUCUUUCCUCCCUGCCCCACCCCACCCCCACUUCUCCAAAAUCUUUUUCAUUCUCAGAGAUAAAAAGACUCUUAACUAGCUCAAGGUUAAUGGAGCCAUUUUUCCCACAAUGGAAUUCUGGGUACGACUCUUUCUUCUGGAGUGCUGCACAAAGCACUGAAGAAGAACAAUGCUCAGAUAGAUGAAAUAAACCGAUGCCACAUAGCCUCAGUUGUUAACAUUCCCAGAGUCCCUUGCGCUCUACCUAUAAGCAGUGGGUGCUUUUCUUUGGUUUCCUUCCAGGUUGGCUGAUGGAGCAAUAUAUAAAACAAUUUACCAGUGAGACCGAAAAUUAUUUCAAAAGUCAACCCACCAAUUUUUAAAAACAAAAGGGGCGGGGGUAAUGGAAUAUAGAAUUGUCCUGUAUCUUGGUUUACGUGUGCAAUGCUCAUAGAGUAACUCGGCUGUCCUUUGAAUGUCACUGUGUUGAGUGGAUUCCUCCAGGACCUUUAAUUUCAUGAGUUGGGGCCAAACCACUGUGGAAUAGUAGCAAAAAGAAGUUCAAGGCCACCAGUUGGACUAGUGAGCUUACCUGAAGGAUGUAAGUAGGUUUAGAAGGUGACGAAGGCCAAUCACGAAAUUUCAACCUGAAUUUUGGAAGCUCUACUCUAGCUAUCGAACAAUCAAAGGAAUGCACCUGUCAGCUACAGAGAACAGCUAGACAGCUGGGUUUUUUUUUUUCUUUUAUAAAUGUUUCUGUGUUGUGUCAAAAUGAUUUCUGGUGAUUUAAACUAACAGAUAAUCACAGCUGCUGUCUAAAUCCAUAGUGUUAAAAUUACAAAAUGAAAAAAAAAAAAAACACUUCAUUACCUGUGAAGAGUGUGUCUGUGUUUUUAACUAUUUCUUGUACAAAUAUAUGAAAACUUUUAUGAGGAGACUGGUGCCAAGUAGCUGAAUAAUGGGGAAAGGGAUAUUCUGUUCGUAAAAAUCUUAGCAGUGUUACCAACUCUACAAUAUAUAUAUAAAAAAAAUUAAAACGUUACAAAGCGACAGCUAUGGUACAUUUGUUUUGUGUGAAGCUAACCGGACCUAACUUCCUGAGUGCCUGGCUUAUUUUGAAACAUUUUUUUUCAUUGACCAUUGAUAAUGCUGCAAAUCAGAAAUGUACAUACUUCAUUUACAACAGGGUUCUUUUUAUACUUUUGUAGAUUCUCAUACAUGUCACAUACAUGGUUGUCUUUAUGUAACUUAAUUUUUCAUCCGCAGGUGCCAUUUUCAUAAUAAACUU